AUGGAUACUUCAAUUAACCGAACGCUGCGUCUUUUGUUGACGGGGAAUUUGUCUACGUCCAGUGAACAGGCCGAAGAUGGUCUUACCACAAGAGAACUCGCCAUUUAUGGCGCUACUCUGUGCUUCUAUAUCGUUGUGAUGGUUACCGCUGUAUUGGGGAACCUCUUGGUUCUUAUGGCCACAUUUCAGAAUCAAAAUCUCAGAGAUUCGGCCACUAAUCUACUUCUUGCCAAUCUAGCUGUCGCAGAUUUUUGCCAAGGAGCGAUAUCUCUACCUUUGAGGAUAGCAGAAGAAGUCAUGAGUAAUUUCUAUUUGUGUCGCGUCUCUAUUCCUACAACUAUUUUCUUUGGCGGGACCUCCAACCUGACUAUUCUGUUCAUCAGCAUUGAACGAUUUGUUUCUAUUUACCGGCCAUAUGCUUAUUGCCGUAUUUUCACGGACAUGGUUGUCAAAGUUGUCAUUGCGUUUAGCUGGAUAACAGUUGCCGCAUUCUCACUAACAUCGGCUAGCAGUAUUGUAUGGAGAAGACACAUCUCAAGCUCAUGUCGCUUUCCUGUGUACUUAUCAAAAGCUUACAUUUUGGCGUUGUACAUCUACGUUCACAUCGUUCCCAUUACGCUAGUGAUCUUAUUGUACGGAUUUAUACUUAAAGCCAGCUGUAUCCAAACUCGUCGAAUCUACGGACAGCAAUUAUCUGUCACUUCAAACUCAGGAUCGUUUGAGAUGGAAGAAAGAUCUCGAGUUUUGCAACGCCUAGCGCACUUGAAGGCAAUCAAGGUUGUUUCGGUCGUGGUCGGACUGUUUAUUGUUCUCGUUCUUCCUAUUAUUAUCAUUGAUGCAGUGGAGAUCCUUGGUGGUGGGAGGCCUCCUGAAGGUUUUGUUAAGGGUGCAGUGUGUUUGAUCUACGCUAACAACUGUGUAAACGUAUUUGUUUACGCUGGGUUCAACCAAGAGUACAGGCAAACGUUCAAGAGGAUCUUGAACAAAUUUAAGCUUGCCCUGUUUGGGCGCUGCGUUCGCAGUUACGCCUGA